AGGUUUGAGCCUUUUCCUCUGCAGUCUAGAGUGGAGAUAUGCGCGGGCGCGGUUUCGUAAUUUCAUUUUCUAAUUUUUUAUGGUAAAGUAAAGCCAAUCUCGCAACUUUCGCUCCUAAAAACGGAAUCACAAGUAACAAGCAACAAUCUCUUCACUGUUUUCUUCAUCUUCUUCCUCAUCUUCCAUGUCUAUGUAUCCAUUCAAUACUCAGAAACCCUAGCAUUGACAUUGUUAGCAAAGCAAAGCAGAUAGAUAUGGGGAACUUGAUGAACAAGGAGCCACCACCGCCUAUGGUGCUGGUACCACCUCUCUUCGACUUUCCUCCUCUCGCAGCCCGCACCAGGAUGUUGGAGUCAUCAUAUGACUUGUUGUUUGGGAAGCUUGCUUUGAAAUGUCUGUUUGACGAUUAUUUUGAACAAGCAAGGCAUUUUAGCACAAUGAUCAUGCUAAAGCCCAUAGAUGAUCCUCAUGUCGAUUUGGUUGCAACUGUUUCAGGACCACUUGAUCACAAACCCGAGGAGAGUAUUGUUGGAAAUGCAUUUUUCCGCUGGCAAAGUGAUGUUGAUGAUCCUCAUACAUUCAUGGACCUCUUCGUAUCGAACACUGAUCCGACUUUGCAAAUGAGGGCCUGUGCUUACUACCCUAAAUAUGGAUUUGGAGCGUUCGGAAUUUUCCCAAUGCUUCUGAAAAAAAGAAUAACUUCUGAAGACUUUGGUGUUAUGGGAUUGAGAUAUGGCUCCACAAACUUGUCAAUUGGAGCCACAGCCAUGCCUUUCUCCAUGAAAGAUGAAUGUCCAAGAAGGGCAUGGUUGGUGAGCAAGAUGGGAAGACUAACAGCUGGGGUGCAGUAUGAGCCUGAAUAUGGGAGUAAAGAAGGUCAAAAAUACAGAAAUUUAAAGAAUUGGAGUUGUGCAAUCGGUUAUGGAGUGGGAUCAAGCAGCCCUUUGAGUCCAUCAUUCAACUUUGGUCUCGAGCUAUCGAAAAGUUCUCAGUUCAUUGCCUCAUUCUAUCAACAUGUGGUGGUCCAAAGACGGGUGAAAAACCCCCUCGAAGAAAAUGAAGUAGUUGGAAUUACGAAUUAUAUCGAUUUUGGCUUUGAAUUGCAGACCAGGGUUGAUGACACCAAAUCGUCAAACGAUGUACCAGAAUCAAGCUAUGUACCUCAAGUCCCAGAUUCAACCUUUCAAGUAGCUGCAUCCUGGCAAGCCAAUAAAAACUUUUUGCUGAAGGGAAAGGUGGGCCCUCUGAGCUCAUCUAUAGCGUUGGCAUUUAAAUCAUGGUGGAAACCUUCUUUCACAUUCAGCAUUUCAGCUACCAGAGAUCACGUUGUUGGGGAGACAGGUUAUGGUUUUGGCAUUCGCGUUGAGAAUCUUAGACAAGCCAGUUAUCAAAGAGCCGAUCCAAACUUUGUAAUGUUGACGCCAAAUAAGGAGCACCUGGCAGAAGGCAUUGUUUGGAAAGUUGGGAAAAGACCGAUGCUACAAUCAGAUAUAACUGCUGGAAAUUUUGACGGCAUACCAAAGGAAUUAAGACCCCUUGGGAAAAUCUUGUAACUUAUCAUUUUUCUUUGUGACUUUUAUGAGCAUGCCCAAAACCACGAGUUUGGAGUUGAAGCUUGCCUGGCUGCUGAUGCACUGGCAAUGGGGGGAGUUGGGCUACUCCCCAUAUUGCCAAUUGGUUUUCCUUCUCUCGAUUCAUGGGUCUUGUGAGUAUGCAUGCCGACUUCUUUUGGGGACUCGUAGGAUUUACUUUUAACUCCAUAACUGGGUUUCAUAUUUUAUAAUUUUACAAUAAUCCAUCCAUUGAAGUCAUCGAAAUGAAUUAGAGUAAUUGGUCGGGAUGGAUUGAAUUGAAUCUGAAACAUCCUAGUAAUUUGUUACGAAAAGGAUGUGAAACUUAACGAUAUUAAUAGAAUGGCUGAAGACAAAUAAAUCUUUUGCCAUAUUGACAAAG